AUGGAGCUGAACGAUGCGGAGCGGUACGCGGCGGCAGCCCUCUUCACGCUGGCACUCCACUCGACACAGCUCGAGGUCGGAGUGGAUGACGUGGGCCGCGUGCUGUCGGAUUCGGCCGUCGCAUGGGGCUUCCCGUCGGACCCCUUCCUCGACGAGAUCCUCUUCGGCCAGCUGGACCCGCGGUCCCUAGACCUUGAAGUCCGGGCAGCCCUGUGGGGCUGGGACGCCGUCGGCCCCGCGGGCCUGUGCCAGCGGGCCUACAGCUUCCUGGGCGUGCCCCGCAAGGCGUGGCCGGGGCUGAUGCGGCUGCCGGACGUGCCGGGGCGCCGCGGGACGGCGGCGAACGUGGAGGAGUUUGUGGCUCUCGUCAGGAGGUUUGCUGCCUUUCUGGACCCCGAGCUUACGUACAAGCCCAUCGCCACCAGCCGGCUGCGGCAGGAGCAGCAGCAGGGCAGGGAGCCAGGCACUGCAGCGGGGCAGCCGCAGCAGGAGCAGGAGCAGCAGCAGCAGCAGCCGGAGGAGAUUGAGUUGCGGGAGAUGCGGCCGGCGACCGGCAGGGACGCCGGGCUGCAGCGGCAGCAGCAGCAGCAGCAGCAGCAGCAGCAGCAGCAGCAGCAGCAGCAGCAGCAGCCGGAGGAGAUUGAGUUGCGGGAGAUGCCGCCGGCGACCGGCAGGGACGCCGGGCUGGAGCGGCAGCAGCAGCAGCAGCAGCAGCAGCAGCAGCAGCAGCAGCAGCAGCAGCAGCAGGAACAGCAGCAGCAGCAGGAGCAGCAGAUAGAGGAGCCGCAGGUCAGGGCGGCCGCAGCGGCGCCGAAUGAUGCCGGUCUGCCCGGGCUGGCACCCGGCGACAGCGCCGCCAGCACCGCAGCGGCCGCGGCCGACGGCGAGGAUUGGGCUCGGUUCGACACGCCGGAGCCCGCGGCGCCGCCCGGCGCGCAGGGGCAGCAGCCGGGGGACGACGGCGGCGCGGCGGCCAUCGCCGCCGCCGCCGCCGCGGCCGGCGCGGAGGCCGGGCGCGAAUUCGAGGCGCUCCGCCAGACGUGCGACGUGCUGCCCCGCGGCGCCGAGGAGGGGACCGUGCUGCCUGCCGCGACGUUCGCGCCGGCGGAGCGGUACGCGCACAGCACGACGCAUGCCGCGGUGAUGGCAAUGUACGACCUGGUGGGGGCCUGCAUAGCCACGAAUACCGAUGCCUUGGUGGAGGACCUGGCGGCGGCGGCGGCGGGCGCCGAGGGCGGCGGCGCAGCGGUGGUGCCAGAGGCAGAGGCGGCAGCAGCAGCGGCUGCAGCAGCGGCGGCGGCGGCGAGCCCGCCAAGGAGCCCGGCGCGGCGGGCGGCGGCGUGGUUUUUCCCGGAUAGCCCGACGAAGGCGGGAGCGGGUGGCGGUGGCGCGGCGGGCGCGGCGGGCGCGGGGCCGAGCGGGAGUGGGGGGAGCACUCCGACUUUGGCGGGGGCCAAGGCGCAGCGGCAGCAGCAGCAGCAGCAGCAGCAACAGCAACAGCAACAGCAACAGCAGCGAGGGACGCGGGGCUCGUUCCAGCAGCACGACUGGGCGGCCGCCGCUGACGAGGAUGCCGACGAGGACAGCGCGCCUGGCCGGAGCGGCAGCGGCAGCGGCAGCGGCAGCGGCGACGGGAGCACAGGCGCAGCCGCAGGCACGGGCGCGGGCGCGGGCGCGCCAGGGCAGCCGCGGCGGCGGCGCGGGGAGCAGCAGGCGGCGGCGACCGCGACGGCGGGCGUGCAUUGGUGCGCGGCGGCGGCGGCGGCGGUGGCAGCGUUGCGCAGGGCUGGGGUGUGGGGCGUCUUUUGA